AUGACCAGCAUCGCCAAGUUCCAGCAUUUUCGACGACUGGUCCCUGCGAAGCAACAGAUUGCUGAUGCCGAAUUUGAUCACGUGCUACAGCUCGGUAUCAUCUGUCCUUCGAGCAGCAAAUGGGCCACCCCACUACACAUGGUUGCCAAAGCGAAGGCAGGUGAUUGGCAUCCAUGGGGUGACUACCGUGCCCUCGUCACCAUCCCCGACCGAUAUCCCAUCCCUCACAUCCACAUGUGAGGGAUGAAGUCAACCUUCUCUACCAUCGAUCUGGUGAGGGCCUAUCACCAAAUAUCGGUCGCUGCGAGGAAUGUUCCCAAAACGGCCAUCACCACCCCCUUCGGCUCAUUCAACCCAUCACAGACUUUCCAGCGUUUCAUUGAUUCUGUCUUCCGUGGUCUCGACUUCUGCUGUGCCUACAUCGACAACAUUCUCAUCGCCAGCAGCAACGAGGACGAGCACCAGCAACACCUCGAAACGGUGUUUCGCCGCGUUGAUGUUCGGCCACUUCCCGACAAGGUGCUAGCAAUAUGGGACUACUCUCAACCGGAUUAUCGCAAGAAACUCCGGAGAUUUUUGGGUACGGUCAAUUUUCAUCUGCGCUUCCUUCGUGGAUGUGCUGAGACGGAUUUGCCACUGGUUCUGCUGACCGGUGGCAAGAAAAAUGGCCCGAUCGAUCUCUCACGUGAGCAACUGGCGGCUUUCCAUUGGCUCAAGGACCUCGUUGCCGACUUCGGCCACGUCAAGGGUGCCGACAAUGACGGUGUUGAUGAUCUCUCUCGAAUUGAGAUCAACGGGAUCCAGUUCCCCGACGGCUGGCUCAGGCACACCGAUGGUGUCACUCGACCGUUGGUACCUGACUCCCUUCGACGUAAAGUCUUCGAUUCCCUGCACGGACACUCUCACCCAGGAAUUCACGGCAUGACGAAGCUGAUCGCGAAACGUUUCUCCUGGAAGGGUCUGCAGAAAGAUGUCCGAGACUGGGUCCGCAGAUGCCUCUGGUGCCAACAUUCCAAGGUGCACCGGCACACGAAGUCACCAGUCAGUACCACUGACAUGCCCGAUUCUCGCUUCAGCCAUGUCCACAUCAACCUGGUCGGACCUCUUCCACCGUCCCGUGCAAUACGGAAUCCAGUUCCCCGACGGCUGGCUCAGGCACGUGAGGGUCUGGCUCACCGAUCCAGCAAUCCCGAUGUCAUCCCCGUGCCCGUUCCCAACUCCAUCAUUCCAACUCCAACCCUCAUAUGUGUCCAGACCGAUGGUGUCACUCGACCGUUGGUACCUGACUCCCUUCGACGUAAAGUCUUCGAUUCCCUGCACGGACACUCUCACCCAGGAAUUCACGGCAUGACGAAGCUGAUCGCGAAACGUUUCUCCUGGAAGGGUCUGCAGAAAGAUGUCCGAGACUGGGUCCGCAGAUGCCUCCGGUGCCAACAUUCCAAGGUGCACCGGCACACGAAGUCACCAGUCAGUACCACUGACAUGCCCGAUUCUCGCUUCAGCCAUGUCCACAUCAACCUGGUCGGACCUCUUCCACCGUCCCGUGGUGUCCGCUAGCUCCUGACCUGCGUUGAUCGCUUUACCCGAUUGUGCAAGGUGAUCCCUCUUCCUGACAGCAAUACGGAAUCCUUCAUGCUAGGCUUCCUCCAAAACUGGGUCGCUCGCUUUUGUUCACCGGAAAUCACCACCGAUCGUGGAGCCCAGUUAGAGUCGAGCCCCCGCCAGCUCUGCAUCUUCCUCAGGUGCGAACGAUGUCGGACUACUGCCUACCACCAUGCGCCCAACGGAAUGGUCAAGCGCAGUAGCAUACCACAACACCCUUGUAGUUGCGGUCAAAAGGCUUGA